UUAAAAUGGGUAGCGGCAUUGGAGACCCAUGUCUCCCUCAUCCACGUCAUCUGAUAACAAACUUCGAUGGAAGCGGGAACAGCACAGACGCUCACUCUCACCCUUCGACUCCAAACUCGCCUUCCCAUUCCAAAUUCAAACGCUUCAUUCCAACCGCGCUUCACUCAUUCGUCCCAUUCUCCCUCUCCCUUCACCGCUCACAGUUACACGGGCCCCAAACCAAAACGCGAUUUCCUCGCCGAUUGGGUCUCCCAAAACGACGACGCCGUUCGCACCCUCCCAAUCUACGUCGGCGCCGCCUCCCUCCUCGCCGUCCUCCUCAACCGCGCCCUCUCCGGCAUCGCACCCGUCGCCGACGCCGGCAGUUCGCAGUCCAGAGCUGACCUGUUGACUUUGGGAUUGGCCGUUACCAAUAUUUUGACUGGCCUCGUUUGGCUUUCAAUAAGACCUAAAUCCAUAACUGCGGCGAGCCUCGUUCACUUCUUUGCAUUACUCUUUUUCAUUCUGAACGUGUUCUCAAUUGGCUUGUGUUUUUUGGUCCAGGUGAAUCCUCAAGGAGUUGAAUGCAAGAGAUUCUGCACUACACUCCCUGACGUUGCACGUAAUGAGUUGCUUUGGGUGUGGAAAUCCCUAUCAGAUGCCACUUGUUGUCGUUCGCUUGUUAUUGUUUAUGAUGGAAGUUGUGUACUCCAAAUUGGUUUUGCUGCAGAAACUUCCGCUGGGGAUGGUGAGGCUGUAAGUGUGGAUGCCAAUAAAUUGAUGCAAGGAUCGGUAUACCAGGGUGUUAUGAAAUCUGGUGCUCAGAGUUACUUGGCUAAUUUAUCUCUUUAUCCUGGGAAAUCUGAGUUGCCAUUUCUACCUUCAAAUACUCAGAAGAAGAAGCGAGAAUUUGAGGAGGCAGGCAAAUGUUUCAUACUACUAUGCUAGGGGGACUGUACAUAUGAAUUUUUUUGGAAGAAAAGCUUGAAGGAUGGAGGCCCAAAUUGACGCUAGAAUGGAUGAAAAGAUGGCUUGAAUGGAAACUACUAUAACUGAGAAGAGGCUUUUAAAACAAAAUGAGGAAAAUAUUGAGAAAACAUGUGGAGGAAUUUUCAAUCAAGGUGAGCAAAAAUUGUGCAAGAAAUGAGUCUGAUUCAGAUUAUCAAUACAAUAUGGAUGAAUACUGUAUGGCAAUCUAGAAGAUGGAACAGCUGCCUGCCUAUUAAUGGAGAAGAAGACCCUAUAGGAUGAUCACAAGAGCAGAAACAUAUUUUGAAGUGCAGAAUAUUUCAGAGGAGGUGAUGAUCAAAUUGCCCAAGUAUGGAAGAAUCAACCAUCGGACAUCAGUUGGCUCAAUUAGUUGCUGAAGACGAUCUGAUGUGAGAGAAAUUCAAGAGAGUGAUGGUGUUAAGGUUUGGAGCCAGACAAUAUGAAAGGAAUUAUCAGAACUGAAGUGAUUGAGAACAUUACAGGAAUAAAUUGAAGCCUUUGAAUUUCUAUCUUUACAAGUUUAUAGGUUGCUGGAAAAGCAGUGUUUAGGGUAUUUCUAACGUAUACGAAAGUAAUCGAAAGGAAAAACAAAGGAUUAUGAUUUAGGUGUGAAGAAAACUUCCAUUCAUUACACCUAUGUGCAGAGAAACAGUUAAGAUUGGUGACUUUAGCUGAUGAUGCACUAAAUGAUGAGGCUGAAAUAGUUGCUGUUGAAGUGUAUGAAGAGAAUAAGGAAGAAGCUUUUCCCUACUUUCAGCCUUGGGGACAAAGCUGAUUUUUCAACGGAUGGUGAUAAUAGGAACUAAUAAUAACUGUCGAGUCAUGUAUUAUUACUUUAUUAGAUACAAGUAUGAGAAUAACUCUCAUGUUGGAAGCUUUGGAUAGAAGUUUGGAGGAGUAAGGUAUUAGAAGAGAAAAU